UAAUGGGCGCGGAUGGGGCAGAACUAGAGAUCUUGAUUGGACUUAGUUCACAGACAUGUAAAGUUAUUCCUGAAGAGUUCACGCGACAACUAGAUAAUGAUCCGAUUAAGCAGAGAUUUCUGAAGAGGCUUGUCGACAUACUGAAUGCAAAUAUGAAACCUAGCGCUCAUUGUCCUGGAAUCAGGAGGGUGAUACUUGAGCAAGUCAUACACUUGAUGGAGUGCAAUCCUCGCUAUGCAGAUUGCUUCAACGAAUUCAAGAUAAUUGAAGCACUAUCAAGGGUAGAACAAACAGUGUCAAAAGCUGAGAACUACAAGCUCUUCAUGGCUGAUGCAGGUUUCAUGGAGUACAGCACGCCUAUGUCUGCUCUUGUGGCAAGAGCAAAAGAGCUUAUGUCUCGUGACUGACUACAAUUCAACCGUAGAUCAGUAGAUGGCAGUAGGAGUUCUGAACACAUUUGAUUUCUCAUUUCAUAAGCAAGUUGUAGGAGAUUCUCCAUCCACGAUUGCAGUGUAUUGUAUGUUGCAGUACAGUAAGGGACUCCGUCGAUUUUGUUAAUAUUUUUUGCUAGAACGUGCAUCUAUAUGGAUGUCAUAUUUGUGUUAGAAGAAAUGCCAACAAAACGUGAAAAUGAACAGAACCGUCGACAGUGGCGUCGACUGAAAGACAAAACAGUCAGAUAAAAGAACCACUCUCUGAUGCAUCUGGUGGGUUUCGAGUGAAUAUUUCUUCACCUUGUUCCAAGACAUCAA